AAUUUAUCUGUAGAUUUUUUAUCUGUUUAAAUUGUUCUUAUCACUGGUUGUGAUGGCCACUUUAAUACUAUUUAGUAGUCUCUCAGAGAAUUUUUACUUUAGAGUAGUUAUGCUUUUAGCUGGUUAUCUGUUCCUAAGCUAACACUAGCUUGUUUGCUGACGUUAUGUAGCAAAUAGCUGUGGGGCAGCUGAUGGUCGAGGGAGCACGAAACGCUUUGAAACGUCAAGGCAGGAGUCUUUGUGUUCACUGUGUUUGUGUUCCAGCAAACUGCAGGGCGUCGUAAUUAACUUUUUUAGUCAGCCAAAUUAAAAACAUUUUUCUGUUUUCCCCCAAGCUGCACGUCUGGACGAGAAACUUUGUCUUAUGUCCAUGCAGGCUAAAACAGGCUAAUACUUAAAGUUUGCUUUUCUUUAGUUUGAAAUGCACAUGUUUAACUGUCCAGGCGGCACCAUGGCUGAUGACCCACAGAGAAAUUUUCGCUCUGCAUACUACGAGAAAGUGGGUUUCAGAGGAGUGGAGGAGAAGAAGUCCCUGGAGAUACUACUCAAAGACAAUCCUCUGGCUUGGCUUCUCGUGUCUUUUGUAUAGUCUCGCUUAUUCUCUAACCCUAAGAGAGUCUCCCAGACUUGUUCUCUAAAAACCUAAAGAAGAAUUAUGGAUUUGGUCCCUUAACGAAACUGACAACUCCUGGGCCUGGGAGAGCCCAAUUGUCCUGUGGAGACGUUUGCUGCCGGGUACUCGAUGGUUGGUUGCAUCAUGUGUCUGACGACACUCUCGAUGGAGGACAUUGAACGACAUCUACCAAUUUGGAACCACAAUAGCAGAGUUCUGGCUGAUUGGAGCUGGCUCGGGCCUGGCUUAUUGAAGAACAAGAAGCGGCUACAGCUGUUCAAAAUCCCACAAGGCUGGUUGUAAAAUUGGAAGCUGUUUGUUCCGCUAACCAAAACAACUACCUCAACUACUGCCUCCCCCCUCAUUCAAGACCACCUGUGUCGACCUAAGAUUGCUGACUUUUGCCUAACUGACUGAAGGGACACUUUCUCUUGGCUGAACACGGAACACACACACAUGCACACAUAUGCAUAUUUAGAAAAGCUAAGCACCUUCAGUCAGAGGUUCCCCCUUCCUUCCAUGUACAGGAUUCAUGUGUGGAAGGUACUGCUGGGCAUCCUACCUCCACACAGUGACUCUCAUGCUCUGGUUGGGGGCUACAGGAAGGAGCAGUAUCAGGAUAUCCUGGAAGCUCUGGAAGUGAUGAGAUACAUCAACUCCUCCACACCCUCCACCCAUGUUUACUUGCGGAUGUUCCAACUGGAGAGCCAGACCCUCCCGCGAUGCUCUGAGACUUCAUCCCCGGAUGAAGAGAAUGAAGACUUCCUCUCCAUCAGCCGAGCCAUGGAAGAGAUUGUAGAUGAUCCUGUUGACUGCUACUGGCUCGUCAAGUGUUUUGUCAAUCAGUACCAUACAAAGUUUGGAGACUCAGUACCUCACCUUCCAAAGAGCCUGGAGCAUUAUCUGAGUCAGGAGGAACCUCGACUGCUAAACCAUCUGAAGAACAGCGGAGCCCUGCAUCAGCUACCCUACAAUCUCUGGUUCAGAUGCUGCUUUGCUGGCUGCUUGCCUGAAUCCAGUCUGCAAAGGGUGUGGGACAAGGUGAUCAGUGGCUCGUGUAAGAUCCUGGUAUUUGUGGCCCUGGAGAUCCUGCUCAGCUACAAAAUUAUUUUGAUGGGCAUCAACCGGCCAGAGGGCAUGGUCAAAUUCUUGUGCAAUAUACCGCAGGAGAACACAGAUGCCAUUGUCACUAAAGCCAUUGAUUUGUGGCAUAAGUACUCCGGCACCCUGAUCCAUGCUAUAUAGCAACACGGAGCCAGACAAGGAAAAUAUCUGGAACCAGAAGUAAUCUUCUUUCCUGAAAUCCACCUGGACUCGCAAUGCUUCACUAAGACACUGUGGCACUUGCCGUCCACGGGGCUUUGUCUCUGCGUAACUGAACUGAACUGAAAACUCAUCAUGGCUGCUUUUGAUAAACAAUGGGGACCCUUUUCAUACUGUUGAUUUUCCAGGUUUCCCCUGCGACUCUGGCAAACCAUUCUGGUGAAAGAGACUUGAGUUGGUGGUGGGUUGGGGGGGAAAAAAAACAGACGAGGCUGUAACUUAUUAUUUUUUUAAUAAGUUUCUUUCUUUAAGAAACUGCAUACAUCAUAGAAGACUCACAAUAAAUUAAUACCCACA